GCAACCCUUCUAAAAAAAACGCGAAGCGCAUCUGGAGCCGAAGCCAGCGCGUGCUUGCGAGUUGCUGCGACCGGUGCUUUUGGUUGGCUGGGUAGCUAGGGCUCAGAGAUUUUUGGUCGCGGCGCGGCAGGAGGAGAGGCGGCGGCAUGGCGGCGGCGGAGGAGGAGAUAGCGGUGAAGGAGCCGCUGGAUCUGAUACGGCUCAGCCUCGACGAGCGCAUCUACGUCAAGCUCCGAUCCGACCGCGAGCUCCGCGGCAAGCUCCAUGCAUACGAUCAACACUUGAACAUGAUACUUGGGGAUGUUGAGGAGGUCGUGACAACUGUUGAGAUAGAUGAUGAAACAUAUGAAGAAAUUGUGCGCACCACUAAACGCACUAUCCCCUUCCUUUUUGUCCGAGGUGAUGGUGUCAUAUUGGUUUCCCCACCCCUGCGAACUGCGUGAAGUUUGAAGUGCGAUCCUGCUGAUUGUAACCGGUCAAUUGCCGGCGUGGAGUGCACCGUUACUGUUUUCUGAUGGAUUGAUAGGUUUAGCUUCCAUUAUCUAAAAAAUACAAUCGUGUAACGCUUGUGUUUGAAUUCUCUGUCGAAUUAAUCUCGUGGCUGUUCUCAGCUAACUCAACUCGCUUGCCAAAGCAUGCUCGGUGCAAAGAUUGGUGGUCUGUAUCA